AUGGGUGGCCUUGGAGCAUACACGUCUGGUGUUAUAAGACUCCUCCGCACACAAACUUUCUAUUUGUUCAUAGGUUCACAUGGUGCACAAAGUGACAACCUCAAUCCAUAUAAUGGAGGUGGUUCCGGUGUGAAUACUGUAUACUCAUCCAGUGGUGGUGGAUGCAGUGAUAUCCGACUGAAGAACGGCACCGAUUUCGAAUCCCGAAAGUCCAGAAUCAUUGUCAGUUCUGGAGGUGCUGGUGGUGUUAUAUAUGAACAACGGCAAGCCAAUGGAGGCAGCGGUGGAAUAUCUUCCGGAUAUAAUGGAAGCAAGACAUCCGGUGGGAGCCCAGACACAAUAUCUAUCCCAGAAGGAGGGCAAAUCAACAGGGGUGGGAUUGCUUCCACCGGAGUCCACUUGGGAGAUGGUAAAAUAUCGCAUGGUCUUCCGGGCAAAUUUGGGAAAGGUGGUGAUGUUAGAUCUAAUGGAGUUUAUGGCUCCGGUGGAGGCUGCGGAUACUUCGGCGGAGGAGCUGGAGAUGAUGGCACCGGUGUUGUUACAUCUGGUGCAGGUGGGUCGUCCUAUGUGUCUGGAUAUAAAGGAUUUAUGACGAUCGAUGAAUCAUCAUAUUCAAAAUCUCAAUACCAAAUGAGAGAUUCUCCUUUCCAUCCGAGUGGGCUUUAUUUUGUUAAUGUUGCUGUUAAAGACUACAAGAGCGAAUUCGACUCACCAUACGGCUACAAAGAAUAUGGGCAUACAGGCCAUGGAGCAAUUGCCAUCACUCUUCUCAAUACUGUUCUAUUUACAUGCAACUCUUUCUACUCUUUCCAACAUUUUUCCUGCUUUAUUUUUAUUUUAUUAAUCAAAUAA